AUGGCGGCUGCUAGCUCGCCAAGACCGAUACCUCUCUUACGCAGGCCUUUACCACCUAAAAAAUCACAACCACCGCCCUCUCUGCGUUCAAGAUCAGAAGAUAAAUCCUCGACGGAGGAGAGAGAUCACAAAGUGUGGUCAAAAUCACCCGAGGUGUCAAGCACAAAGCGACUUGUUAAGUCAAAAGUCGCAGAUUCAGCGGGCAGAGAAGUGAGAUUUCAUGGCGAUGUGCCUCUGCCGAUCGCGUCUUUAGUGAAGCCUUUCAGGACAAAAGGACCCGAUCCUCUCCCUCUUCGACCUCCAAGAAAACUAAGAGAACUGCCUUUGGAAGCUUUUGUGAAAGACUCGUACUCGAGACCACCUCCUGAAUUUACUCUGAGGGACUUCUUGAAAAGACUACCAUCCCGCUCUGCAGUCAAUGAAGAUGGAGAACCAAUGAUUUCUGAUCAAAACUACGAGAAAUUGACAAGCUGGUUUGCUGCCAACAGACCUCAUCAGUCUUCCAUUCAUAAUCUCGAUAUAGACAGUGUUAUUGAUGUACCAGAUGUUACUCCAAGAGUUCCAGCGAGACAGUUGUUUAUAGAGAUGCAAUUCCAAGGAAUGGAAAUUUUCCAGACACCAGAUCAAGAAUUGACUUUGAUUCCAGAAAGAGCAUCCACUGUAUUUCCUGUCACUCCAGCAGCUUCUAAACUGACAAUACCAGCUUCUAGAUAUGCACUGCUACCACCAAUAGAAACAGAAUGUGUUACUGACAUUGACAAGGAUACUCAAGUAUCCUCCGGAAGAGAUGAUCAUCGGAAGAAAAUGGCGAGCAUUCCAGUUCAAACUAUUGGUGAAGUGACAAUGGCUGAAAUGGUGUCAUCUCCUCGGGAAAGGGGUGUAAAGAAAGAGGCCAUGGAAACUGAAGAGGGAUAUGGAACCAGAGAACUAAAAACUCGAUUUGCUUUGAGUCAAGAUUCUUUUUUAAAACAUGAUGUAGAUCACGAUGUAAUUGAAGGAGAUGGAAAAGUUGAUCAUGAGUCAGACAAACCAAAAACAGCUGUAAAAGAAAGAACAUUAAGGCUAGAAAUUGAACCAGCACCAGAAUAUCAGAGUGUGGAGGUAAUACUUCCAAGUUCACAGCCAGCAUAUUUCCAAGGAGAGGAGCUGCCAAGAACAUCAUCUCCAUUUGUGAGUGCUGAUGUUUAUGAUGCGCAAAUGUCUCCACUGGAAGCUGUGGUAUUAAAUGCCAUGAUGACAGGCUCAUCAAUUCUUAAUUUCAGGGCACACUUCUUGAAUCAACUUCCUGAUAUGAGCCCACUGGCAGGGAUGCUAACACAUUUGAAUCUGUCCUUUAAUGAUCUUUGGGUUUUCCCUCCAGAGAUUCUGCAGCUGGUCAACUUGGUUUCACUAAAACUAAGGAACAAUCCCAUCAAAGAAAUUCCCCAUGGUAUAAAAAAGCUGAAGAGGCUCGUUGUGUUUGAAAUGUCCUUCAACCUUCUUACAUCUUUACCAUCAAGUCUCUUCCAGCUGAAACAUCUUGAGCUUCUGGACCUGGCCUACAACCUGCUCUCAUUUAUUCCUUCAGACAUUGGAAACCUAAGUUCUCUAAGGGAAUUGAAUCUGGAAGGAAAUCAACUUGGAGCCUUGCCAGUUGGAGCACUGCAUCUGAACUUGAAGUAUGUCAGAAUACAAAAUAACUUCACACAUCCACUAAUGUGGCGAGAGACAGCUAAAAAUCAGCCUCAGCGGCUGGGAGACUUGGCUGCUUUAGCUGUGUUUGGACAAGGACUACAUAUUAAGAAACGCGAUUUACCGCCGGUGAUUAAAAAUAUUCUAGAAAGUUAUACUCGCUGUGACUGUUGUGACGGUCCAAUGUUUGGUCGCGGAGUAAGGGUAAUCAAAGCCCCGUCCUCCAUCUUUGGCGUUAAAAAUCUUCCAUUUCUCUUCAACGCCUGUACACAGACUUGUAGGCGGCAGUUCAGUAGAGCUUCUGACUCGCUUAAACUCUGGAUGCAAAGGAAUGCACCGCAUACUUUAACAGAGUUAUAGAAAUAAGACUUCGAGCCAAAUACGUCCAUAAGAAAUACUGUGAUUAAUUAUAUAUGUGACGAGUUAGGUGGAUUCACAAAGUGAAGAUCUUUCUCUGGUGAAGUUGCAUAUUGGCUGCGAUAUAUUUUCAUGGACAAAAAGUUGAGUUACAACGUAAGCAAAUAUUGACGGACCUUCUGAAGGACCAACGUCACCAGUUUUCCAUCAUGGAAAAUUAAGCUAAAUCCGUCUUAAUCUUCUCCAACUUCAACCAUCCUUGUUUCUGUUUUAAUUAAGCUUCCCAUCUGGUA